GCAAGUUCAUUUUUCAGCUUCUGAAACGAGAAAAUUGGUUCGUUUAUUUUUCAAUUCAAUUAUUGCUAGCUGCUUCAAAGAGUAAACUUGAAGAAACAAAUAAUAAACAUUAGAAAAAGAAGAGGUUUCAAAUUGAAUGGAGUCGUCGUCGUCAUCGUCCAUUCGAAUCCGAAGAUUCGAUGAGCUUCCAACGGCCAAAGACUUCGACUCUGUGAUAGAGCUUUCAAACGUUCCCGCUGUUUUUCGCGGGUGCACCAAAAGUUGGAAGGCAUUCUCGCACUGGAAUCCAUCCAACGGUGGCCUUGACUACUUGCAGGCACGUGUGGGUUCUUGCACGGUGGAGGCCAUGGUAUCUCAAUCUGCACCUGUUUUUUAUGGUGAUCUUGGAAGCCAUCAGAGGGUUCCUCUGCCAUUUUCUAACUUCCUUGACUUUUGCAAGAAGCCGACGCAGAUGCAAAGUAAGCGCCAUCAUCAGGGUCUUGAUCAUCGUGCUGCCUCACAAACUGACAAUGAUACAAAACAUGCUUGUUUAUCAUUGGAAGAUGCUCCCAAACAAAUUUAUUUAGCACAGGUACCAAUAAUGAACAGUGAUAGUCAGGAAACCGUUCAGUUAGAAACCCUAAAGGAAGACAUUCUGACGCCUUCGAUUUUGGCUUCAAAAGAGUUAUCUUCUAUAAAUUUGUGGAUGAACAAUGCCGAAGCCAGAUCAAGUACUCACUAUGAUCCACACCACAAUCUUCUUUGUAUAGUUUCUGGCUGCAAACGAGUUGUUUUGUGGCCUCCUUCUGCCAGUCCCUCACUCUACCCAAUGCCUAUAUACGGGGAGGCUUCUAAUCACAGUUCUGUAUCUUUAGAAAAUCCUGACUACUCAAUUUAUCCAAGAGCAGAAUGUUCAAUGGAGUUUGCUCAAAAGGUUGUUCUUCAGGCAGGCGAUGCACUUUUCAUUCCGGAAGGCUGGUUUCAUCAGGUAGAUAGUGAUGAUUUGACCAUUGCAGUUAACUUUUGGUGGAGAUCUAACAUGAUGUCUUGCAUGUUGGAACACAUGGAUGCUUAUUAUUUACGCAGAAUAUUGAGAAGAUUGAUUGACAAAGAAAUGGACCAACUACUGCUUAAAUUGGGGUUGAAAACUAGGAUGCGGGUAUGCGAGUUGCCUAAUAGUGGACAAGCAGAUCAUGGCGAUGUAAAUGAUGGUAAGUUGUUGAAAGGGAUGGAUCUAAAAGAGAAAAGAGUUAAAGAGAGGAACACCUUGCAAGAAUUGGAACCGGCUGCAGUUCAGGUGCUUCAUGAACUUGUGUCUUUAGUUCACAACAUUGUCAAUGCCAACCAAGAUCGGCAAUCACUGUCAACUUCUACAAAUGGUUGUGAGCUUGUAGUGAAUGAUAAAUUUGAGAAAAUAGUGAGUGCUGACUUUAAAGAUGAUCCAGUUGCUAAAUUUCUCUGGGACAUCAAUCCACAAACUCUCCAAGCUGUCUUUCUUGCUAUGGCGCACAACUUCCCAAGAACUUUAGAGGCUCUUGUUCUGCAUGUACUUUCGCCUGUUGGAGCUGAAGUCCUUACUCGGAAAUUUGAUGAGAUGGAUCAACAUACUCUUGAGGAAGAUCGGAAUGGAUUCUAUGAGGCUUUCUACAGUGCAUUUGAUGACCAAUCUGCAGCAAUGAAUUCAAUUCUAAAAGGGAAGGAGUUGUUCACUCAACAGGCGUUUAAAAACGUAUUGGAUAAAUUUGUGGGAGUGAAUCUGGAAAACUGAAAGCUGGGUGUUAGAAGAGAUUCAAAAAGGAGUAAACUUCAUGGACGAAUUGACCCACCAGUACCUCCUAAAAGUAAAUUGAUGCUUGAAGCAUUUCUUCGUCUGGGUCCCUAGAUGCCAAGUGAAGUGAAACAUAUGAAUGAAUUGGUCCACAAACUGAUGCAUAUAGGAGACUGAAGCUGUUCGUCUGGGCCUGUACUUUUGUUUGUCGUUUAUAGUUCAGUAGACCAUCAUCACUAAUUUGAACUGUAUUCGUAUUUGUACAAGUUACAACAGUUGUGUAUAUACGUUCAACUAACAUGCCAAAGUUCUUUGUCCCCGUCAUUCACUUUUUUUCCUUAAAUGAAAAAACUCAGUUUGGACAA